GUCCCGGCCUUGCGGGGAGAGGCUUGGGGGGGCGUGGCCUGGGCUGUGGGCGCGAAGACGGGGCGUGGCCACGAUGGCCAGGCGCACUGGCGGCGGGUCCCCGGGCUAAAGCUAGCCGCUGAACUUCGUGCUUUGGAGAAACGUUAAGGUUAUCAGGUUCCUGCAAGUUAUCCGGGGCCCCGUCCGGAUUCCAGGCUAAACAUGGUGGUGAUGAGUAGCCUGAGGGUCAUUCUUCAAGCCUCUCCCUGCAAGUCACUGUGGAGAAGAUUCCAGACCCCCAGGUUCGUGCCAGCGAGGCCCUGCAGCCUCUACACCUGCACAUACAAAAGCCGGAACCGAGCCCUGCACCCGCUGUGGGAGACCGUGGACCUGGUCCCGGGGGGCGAGCGCCAGUCGCCCAUCAACAUCCGCUGGAGGGACAGCGUCUAUGAUCCUGGCUUAAAACCGCUCACCAUCUCUUACGACCCGACCACCUGCCUCCACGUCUGGAAUAACGGGUACUCUUUCCUGGUGGAAUUUGAAGAUUCUACAGAUAAGUCAGUGAUCGAGGGAGGACCCCUGGAGCACAACUACCGGUUAAAGCAAUUCCAUUUUCACUGGGGGGCCAUCGAUGCCUGGGGCUCUGAGCACACCGUGGACAGCAAAUGUUACCCAGCAGAGCUGCACUUGGUGCAUUGGAAUGCAGUCAGAUUUGAAAACUUUGAGGAUGCAGCACUGGAAGAACAUGGUUUGGCUGUGAUCGGAGUAUUUUUAAAGCUAGGCAGACAUCACAAAGAGCUACAGAAAUUGGUGGAUACUUUGCCAUCGAUCAAGCAUAAGGAUACCCUUGUGGAAUUUGGGUCAUUUGAUCCUUCCUGCCUGAUGCCUGCCUGCCCAGAUUACUGGACCUACUCGGGGUCCCUGACUACGCCCCCGCUCUCCGAGUCCGUCACCUGGAUCAUUAAGAAGCAGCCUGUAGAGGUUGAUCACGAUCAGCUUGAGCAGUUUCGGACCCUGCUUUUCACUUCAGAGGGGGAGAAAGAGAAAAGAAUGGUGGACAAUUUCCGCCCCCUUCAGCCCCUAAUGAAUCGCACUGUCCGCUCUUCCUUCCGUCAUGAUUAUGUACUGAAUAUACAAGCGAAACCCCAGCCGUCAACUAGCCAAGUGAUCCCCUGAGGAGUUCAUCUCUAGGCAGUGCUUUGCUUUAAUAAAUACUAGCUUUUUAAAUAUUGC